GGCGCGUCGAGUUUUGGCUGAGAGAGCAGGGGUCGGUCCUCUGGGUGGGAAAAAAAAAUUGAUUAAAUGCAUGAGCAUCAUAGCCUCGCCUUGUUCUUCUCUUCUUCUUCUUCUUUUCUUGGGAAACCCUCCCCGUCGAGAAGACAAGAUAGCUGACAGCUCAUCUGCAUCUCGUCUCCUUCUUGGCUACAAUCCCACUACAGCAUUCCAAGCUGAGUCUGCCAGCAUCACCAUGCCUGCCUCAAACGGUGCCACCCCCGUCAACGGCAUGUCCAAGGCCCUCGACCCCUCCAAGGCCGAGGAGAUCCUCAAGGAGUACGACAGCCGCGAUGGCCUCGGGAUCCAGGACCUGAUGGACGCCAAGGUCCACGGAGGUCUUACUUACAACGACUUCCUCCUCUUGCCUGGCUACAUCGGCUUCCCCGCCUCCGACGUCACUCUUGACGCCCCCGUGACAAAGCGCAUCACCCUCAAGACGCCCUUUGUCUCCUCCCCCAUGGACACCGUCACCGAGCACGAGAUGGCCAUCCACAUGGCCCUGCAGGGUGGUGUUGGUGUCAUCCACCACAACUGCUCUCCCGAGGCCCAGGCCGACAUGGUCCGCAAGGUCAAGCGCUUCGAGAACGGUUUCAUCAAUGACCCUGUCCUGAUCACCAAGGAGACCACUGUCGGCGAGGCCAAGGCCUUGAAGGAGAAGUGGGGCUUCGGUGGUUUCCCCGUCACUGAGAGUGGCAAGCUUGGCUCCAAGCUCCUGGGUAUUGUUACCAACCGAGACCUGCAGUUCGAGGACGUCGAUGACCAGCCCGUUGCCAACGUCAUGGUCACUGAGCUGAUCACUGCCCCGGAGGGUGUGACUCUCGAAGAGGCCAACAACAUUCUGGCAAAGUCCAAGAAGGGCAAGCUGCCAAUCGUCGACAAGGACGGCAACUUGGUUUCUAUGAUCUCCCGCUCCGAUCUCCGCAAGAACCUCAACUUCCCUCUCGCCUCCAAGCUGCCUGAUUCCAAGCAGCUGAUCUGCGCUGCCGCAAUCGGCACACGGCCAGAGGACAAGGUCCGGCUCCGCGGGCUCGUGGAGGCUGGUCUCGACAUCGUCAUCCUUGACAGCAGCCAGGGUAACAGUAUGUUCCAGAUCGACAUGAUCAAGUGGAUCAAGAACGAGUUCCCUGGACUCGACGUCAUUGGCGGAAACGUCGUGACCCGUGAGCAGGCUGCUGCCCUCAUUGCCGCCGGAGCUGACGGUCUUCGUAUCGGCAUGGGUAGCGGUUCGGCUUGUAUCACCCAGGAAGUCAUGGCUGUAGGCCGACCUCAAGCCACUGCUGUGUACAACGUCAGUGCCUUCGCUGCCAGGUUCGGUGUGCCUUGCAUUGCCGAUGGCGGCAUUCAGAAUGUUGGCCACAUUGUCAAGGGUCUUGCCCUCGGCGCCUCCACGGUCAUGAUGGGUGGUCUCCUUGCCGGUACCACCGAGUCCCCUGGAACCUCGUUUGUAUCCCGAGAGGGCAAACUGGUGAAGGCCUACCGUGGCAUGGGCAGCAUCGACGCCAUGCAGGAUAAGAAGGCCGGAGGCGGUGGCGCUGAUAGCCAGAAGAGCAACGCCGGAACGGCUCGCUACUUCUCCGAGGGCGACAGCGUUCUUGUCGCCCAGGGUGUGGCUGGCGCCGUUGCUCACCGUGGCUCGAUUACCAAGUUCGUCCCUUACCUUGCCGCUGGUCUGAAGCACUCCAUGCAGGAUGCUGGUAUCAAGAGCCUGCACGAGCUCCACCAAGGCGUCCACGACAGUGUGGUUCGCUUUGAGAUCAGGACUGCCAGCGCCCAGCUCGAGGGUGGUGUCAACAUGGAGUCGUAUGAGAAGAAGCUCUACGCCUGAGUCUGAAGUAUACGUCCAGGUGCGAUCUAAACUAUGCAUGUUUCUAUAGGAGUUUUCGGCGUGCUGGAUUUGGCUCGGUACUGAAAAUUGGGUUAUAUCAUGGGUUGUGUUGUGUGGAGGGCCACCUCGACCGGAUUGUUGGUCUUGAUUUAUGGGGCAUCUAGCGUGGAGCCUCCUGGAAGUCAACAGAGGACUAAAAUCCUGUUUUGACUAGACGUUUGAUCAAUCAGAAACUCGUCGCAAUGAUGGUCCGUCCUCUGAGCCACCUGCUGUAAUUGACCCUGCCCUGAACAAGACCGCGCUGGGCCGAAUGUAACGCGAGUUAGGUAACAGGCCACGGCAUCGGGAAGCUUGCAAACGCAUCGAGUUGUGAGAGGUGUUGUUAUCGAGGAAAUAGCAAAGCUGAUGCUAGGGCUGAUCGGCCAGUACUGCAUACACCAAACUCCAGGUCUCCGUCACCUUUGUCAUCACUCACUCAUACAGCCACUCAGACAUAAUAUGCACCACUCUGUAGGAGACCGACCCGGCCAUCCCCAACCUAUGGCAACCUCAGCUCGUCCCUCCCAUUGACCUCUUUCACCUUUUCCUGGCCGCGGAUCAUGUACCUCACAAACAGGCACUUGGUCCGCCGGGGCUUAGGGUCCCAGAAGCCGAGCAGCCUGCUUUUCCUCAGCCCCUCGGGGAUAUGCAGGCUCCCGUCGUCGCUCACCAGCGCCGCGAGCGCAACGGUGACGUCUGCGACCUCCUCCGGGGACGCCCAGCUGGGCCCAAGGUGGAGGGCAGCAGCAGCAGGGCCGCCGGCGGCCAGGGGCCCGGCAGUUGGCGUACCGGACAGGCGCUCAUCGAGGACGCCGUAUUUCGCGCUCAGAAUCACGAGACCUCUGCGCUCGCGCUGGACACGUUGGAGUUGUGACACGGGCUCCGCGAGGACAGCAACGAGGUCAUCCGCCUCGGCCCGGCGCAAGGCAAUGUACUUCUGGAUCUCAUGUGAGGGACUUGCUUCAUCCUGUUCAGAAGUAACGCCUGCUUGGGGUAUCAGAAGGGGGAAGAGGUCGAAGAGCGUGAGAGCUAGGGCCGGAAUGUAGCCGGCAACCAUCAGGAUCUUUGUGAGGAAUCUGUAGGGGGAAGGCUGGUCUCGGAAGAGUACUAUAGGAACAGCGAAGCUUUUGUUCCUGCUUGAAAAGUACAGUGACAAAACCACGCUGCUGGUGGCGUUGUUCACAGACAUCUCAAGGCCUAGGCUCCUCGACUUCCCGAUCUUCUUCAGGCCACGCACGGCAAGCUGGCUGAUUUCUGACCGACCCAGAGAUCGUACCCUGCUAAGCAGACUGCUGGGGGUAGAUUUGUAGGUUGAGAGUUCGGCCUCAAAACGCAAGCCCCUCAAACGACUCGGAAUCAAGCUCUGUUCUAGCUCGUUACGCGUUGAUAGAAAGCUCCUCCCGAACCUGACGUACCCAGCCACGCCGCCGGCGGUCAAAGCACCCGAGACCGUCCAUGAUCCCCUGUUGUUUGGACCACUCAAACAGACAUUGUCGCGCAGCCGUUGCAUGCCACUGCCUGGGGGCUUCGUGAAGGCUCGACCGGAGCGCAAGCCCAGAGUUUCCUCAGGGACACUACCGAACUUGUACCCAACUUCAAGCGUGGGAGGGCUGUAGUAGCUCGGCAACUGCGAAAGAUAGUCCAUGUAUCUGCGCCAGGUAGCUCCGGUGGAAUCGCGGUCGAGCCUAUUCCUCACUGAUCGGUUCCAGAAAGAAGAGUCCAGGCUUUCCCAGAAGGGUGCCGUCCCG